UUUGUGAAGUUCCUCAAUAUAAAUUAUUUCAUUCACCUGAUAAGGAUAAUAGCAUUACAAUAGUCAAAAUGCAAACUACAUGUAAUAAGUGUGGCAACAACUAAUGUAGAUUGGAUUCUGUCUAUUGAAAUACUAUUAUUCUUAUCAGGUGAAUGAAAUAGUUUGUAUCGAGGCACUUGAUUCACGUGGGGCAUGAUUGAGAACGCCCGUAGAUUUGGAUUGGUAAUUUAGAGAACAUACAAUAUCAAUAUAUUGGUGCGUAUGGAUUUUACAAAACUGUCGACACAGCUUUACUAAACAACACAAGAUGGCAUACCAUAUUGGUCCAUGGAAAAUAGUACCUGCUUUGUUUCUGCAGACCUGUUUUUUCCUUGCGACGAUAAAAUCUAUCGGGGUUUACUUUCCAGAACUUCGCAGAGACUUGGGAAUCACAGCCACCGAUUUGGGUAUUACCUUGGGUAUAUUCGAAGCAUUUUCGUUUGUGCCAGGUUCCUUUGUGGCGAUUUUGAACCAUAAACAUGGGAUACAGCGCCCUCUCAUAAUAGGUGGAGCUAUCUUAGCAUCUGUUGGUUUAAUCUCAUCAUCACUAGUUGGCACCAGUGCACAACUUUCCAUCUGUCUCGCGGCUUCUGGUUUGGGCAUCAACAUCAUGUCUAUCACUCUUGGAAUAGCUCUAAGUGAACAAAGCGGAGACAGAUUUGAUCUUCUCUUUGGCAUCGGAAAAUCGGGAUAUUCACUAGGUAUGAGCGUGUUCCCACUGCUGGCCGAGUACCUGAAAAAUAUCUAUGGUUGGAGAGGAUCUCUCAUUAUCAUCGGAGCCAUCAUGGCAAAUAUAAUACCCCUUGUGCUUCUCGUAGAGACUGAUAAAGGCCUGACCGAGAGAGGAGCUGCACAAGGUGAAGAGAAAAAUCCGUCUAUGAAUGACGUGAACGACAACAGUGAACAAGAAACAGCAGAUCAAAGCCAACAAGCACUUAUAACUAGAGAUGAAGAAUACCCAGUCCAGUCAGAUAAUAAUUCAAGGUGCUCGAAGAAUAAUUGUUCAUCACUUUACAAGCUUCUUGCUGAUUCAGUUUUUAACCGUGAUAGAUGUCUCGUUGUUAUCCUGACAGCAUACACUAUCUUCUCCAUGGUUGACGCUGGCUGGCACGCCUUCCUCAUUCCGCGCGCUGUCCGCCGAGGGUUGCCUACCUCCAGGGCUCUUUACCUUGCCUACACUGCAGCCGUAGCCUGCUUUAUUGGACGAUGCUUAAGUGGUAUGAUCCUCAAACCGAAGUUCAUCACGGCUCACGACUGGCACAUGGUGCUGACAAUCAUCAAUGCACUUUCUCUUAUUGCUGACGUAUGCUUCCCGCAUUUCGCAGUGAUGAUCGUUACUUCGUUCGUGACGGCCCUGACGAUCGGAGAAAUGAAUAUUCUGAUGGUUGUGAUAUGUAGAGACCGGGCACCUCUUCCAUGUUUUCCUGUCAUCCUUGUCGCGUCUGAAAUCAUCUUUGGUGUGGGAGCGUUCAUCGGUACAACUCUAACAGGUCUGGCUGCCGACAAUCUGGGCUACAAUGAAGCAUUCCUACUGCUUGCUGGGUUCGAGUGCCUUGUGCUUUGCAUUAUGAUGUCAGCAAGAUGCUCUAAGAGAAGUCCUAUUACAGAUUAAUCAUGAUGUAGAAAAUACAAUUUUUCAGAAGAAUGCCACUUUCCAUGAUCAGUGAUUUCUCCCCAC